UUCACCUUCUCUCCUUCUGUUAUGAACUCUGGUGUUUUUUCUCUGCAGUUAUAUCGUGUUGGCUAAAGGGUGGCAUCUCUCAGGUCAGUGGAGGAAAAACCACCCUUUUUUUUUUCCACCUCGUCGACGGGUGUGUGUGUUUGUGUGUGUGUGUUUGUGGAGAAAUCUAGGAAGUAACGCACAACCGAGCCGACGAGGAGACGUUAAUCCUUGAUUUCUCAAAGAGACUGUGAUUUGUACGAGCAAUAACACCGACGAACUGCUGGGAAAUAAUUUUUUCAUCAUUUAAAACUGUGAAUAAGCGGUUUCUCGGCUCACCUUUUUUUGGGAAGCUCAGGUGAAGGAACUUUUUUUUGGUCAAGUUGUGUGAUUGGAGUUCGUUAACGUUAACAGGAGGUGCAGCGAUCUUCCCCCUCUCUCCGCUGUCAGGGGUAUUUCGUCUUUUAAGGAUGAAAUUGGUGUUUUUUCUGGAAAGUGGAUGCUGGCAGAGGGUUGGGGCAGUGAGUUAUGCUGAAGCCUGCCUUUAAAUCUGUACAUCAGAAUGAGCGCUACAGAUGGAGCCAGGGGGCCUAAACAGGAUAGAGAGGCCCGUGUUGUGCAGAUAUUCCCCAAGCUGUCCCAGGACACACUAGCCUACUGUCCCUUGCAGGUCAGCAGUGGGGACACGGCAAAGUCCGUCAUCCGCAAUGCAGUGGUCUCUCUGGGCCUGGAUGUCAGACGGCAGUACAGUCUGCUGGAGGUCAGGGAGAGCGGCGGAGAGGAGAGGUUGCUGGAGGCUGGAGAAUGCCCUUUGGACCGAGUCCUGCUGUGGCCACCAGAGACACAGAGGUGGCACCCUAAGAGCCGUGGGUAUUACUUCAUACUGCAGCAGGCCAACAAAGGAGGUAACCAUGGAGAAACCAGCACAGAGGACUAUGAUGACCUUUGUAACCUCCAAACUGUCACUGAGAAGAGUAUUCUUGAGGCUUUACGCCAACGCUUCUACAGUCUUAACAUCUACACCUACGCCAGCAACAUCCUCAUCGCCAUCAACCCCAAUAAGUUCCUUCCUGUUUACAAUCCCAAGUAUGUCAAGAUGUACGAGAACCGGCCACUGGGCAAACUAAGCCCUCAUAUAUUUGCCAUAGCUGACGUGGCCUUCCGUGCUAUGCUGAACAGGCAGGUUAACCAGUGCAUCGUGAUAUCUGGUGAAAGUGGCUCAGGAAAGACUGAAAGCAGCAGUUAUCUUAUCCACUGCUUGACUGCUCUCAGCCAGAAGACAUACUCCACUGGGCUGGAACGGACCAUCCUCGGGGCUGGAGCAGUGCUAGAGGCCUUUGGCAAUGCUAGGACUGCAGUGAAUAACAACUCAAGCCGCUUUGGGAAGUUCAUCCAGCUCAACUAUCUGGAGAGCGGUGUCAUCAGAGGGGCAGUACUUGAGAAGUACCUACUAGAAAAGUGCCGCCUGGUGUCCAGAGAUAAGAGUGAGAGGAACUACCACGUGUUCUACUAUCUGCUGGUGGGAGCGUCCAAAGAAGAGCAGGAGGAGUUUCAUCUAUUAAAGCCGCAAGAUUAUCUCUACCUCAAGCAGGAAGACUUCCGCUUAGAUGAUGAGGAGAAACUUAAGCAAGAGUACAAGAGGCUCCAUCAAGCUAUGGAGAUGGUCGGGUUCCUGGCCUCCACCAAGAAACACAUAUUUUCCAUCCUCUCUGCCAUCCUGCACCUGGGCAAUGUGACCUACACACUGUCAAAGAACACUGAAGUCCUGGAGGUUGGACCUGCUGAAGUUUUGUCUACACUGUCUGACCUGCUCAAAGUGAAAAAGGAGCUACUGGUGAAGACUUUGACCCAGAGGAGAGUAGUGACUACCAGCGACAACUGGGUUUCACAGUACACACUACAAGAGGCCUACAGGGCACGGGACUCCAUGGCCAAGUCUUUAUACAGCGCUCUGUUUGACUGGAUCACCCUUCACAUCAACCAUGCAAUGCUCAAUAGACGAGACAUGGAGGAGUCCGUCUCUUGUUUGUCCAUUGGUGUCCUGGAUAUGUUUGGAUUUGAGAACCUCCAGACAAACAGCUUUGAGCAGCUGUGCAUCAACUACACCAAUGAGAAACUGCAGUUUUACAUCAACCAGCACAUCUUCAAGUGUGAGCAAGAAGAUUAUGCGUCAGAAGGCAUCACCUGGAAAAACAUCACAUACACUGACAACAGUGGCAGCAUUCAGCUGAUCAGCAUGAAGUCAUCCGGACUCUUUGAUCUGCUGGAUAAGGAGAGCAGCCUCACUCAGGCCACAGAUAAAACCCUGUUGGACAAGUUGAAGCACCAGCAUCAAGACAACCCAUUCUUUGUACCCUCUUCAAAUACAGAGCUGACUUUUGUCAUACAACACUUUGCUGGAAGGGUUAAAUAUCACAUCAAGGAUUUCCAGCAGAAAAACACAGAGCACAUGCGUCCUGAAGUCGUAUCACUUCUGCGGAGCAGUAAUCGGGCGUUCCUGCAUCACUUGGUUGCAUCCAGUCCAGAAGCGCAGUUCAGAUGGGGAGUCCUCCGAGCCACCAUUCGCCUCCUUACAGUAUUCAAGAAACUGGGACGUCAGCGGGCAGAAUUGAUAGCUUCCAGAAAAAGCUCCUGCAAGUCCUUCAAAGGCAUGACACGGAGCAGCAGUGCUAUGACCAGACUGAACAGCAGCACUCUGGAUUUCUCCUUCGAUCGCUCUGAUGAAAUUCCUCUUGAUGUAUUUGAAGACAUCUUUGCCAAUUAUGAAGAGAGAAAGAAAAGUAAAGGCGGUCGAGAGAAACAGCUCAUUCCAAAGAAGCUCAUGGAUUUGCCCUCACUCCAACAUGUGGUUCGUCUCACCGCGCAUGACCGAACCAGCAAAUUCAUCUUCCAUCCUCAUCGGAAGACAAAGCCCCCUACAGUCAGCACUCAGUUUCAGGCCUCGCUCAGACAGCUGAUGGAGACAAUAGAAAAGGCUGAGCCACUCUUUAUUUUCUGUGUUCGUUCCAACGCUGAAAAGAAGGAGCUACACUUUGAUGGUGAACUUGUGCUAAAGCAAAUCAAGUACACAGGCUUAGUGCAGAUGGUUCACAUCCAGAAGUCUGGCUACAGUGCCAAAUACACAUUUAAGGAAUUUGUUGAGAAGUUCAGAAUGUUGCUUCCAAAAGGAGCUACAGCAUCGGCAGAGCACAUGACUGAACUGUUUGAGAGGAUGGAGCUGAAUAAAACCACCUAUCAAAUAGGAAAAACCAAGGUGUUCCUCAAGGAGAAGGAGAGGCAACUGCUCCAAGACACUCUUAACAAAGAAGUGAUGCGUCACAUCAUCAACCUGCAGCGCUGGAUCCGUGUCUAUCUGUUAAGGUUGCACUUCCUGCAAAAGAGAGAUGCCACUAUGAUUAUACAGAGGAGCUGGCGUGGGUUUUAUGAGAACCAGAACCGAGCUGCUACAGUGAUCCAGACAGCAUGGAGGAGUUCCCUGAAGUCAAAGCACCAACAUGAGGAUGACGAGAAGACGUCCACACCUCAGCCUGGACGGGACAGCUUCACAAACAAAGAGCUAAAGAGGCAGCACAGCAUGGAGCUCAGCCCCUGCAGGGGCCAGUCUUCGCAGAGGGUCAGGAGCAGGGAGAAGCCUCACACUUACAACAGACCCCUCUCGCUCCCACUUGACACUAAAGUUGGCGUUGAUCAUCGCUCCACCAGCCCCUCUAAGGCCAUCCUACUUCAGCGCUAUAAAGAUAUGGGGGGCAUCAAGGAGAAGGCCGAGAGGUGGAAGGAAAGACAAAGUGAUGACUCAAGUCCAGAAUUACGGCGACGAGACAAUACGAAAGAUGAGUUUCGGCUCAGAGGGAAGUCCAAGUCGGCUGAUGACCUGUUCAAAUUCAGCUCUUCAGAAUCUGAUAGCUCACCCUCUACCAAGCAGGCCAGGGUGCAUUUCCGCAAUCUGCCCAAACGCAAGCGGCACUUAGCCUACACCCGCAGUGGUUUGAUGAUUGACUUUGGGGGGUCCAAGGAGAGCGAGUACUGGAGCUUUCCGCUGCCUCCCAUGAGCCCGAAUGCGCCCAGCCUGAAGAGCUCGGCCAGUAGCGAAGAUAUCCGGGUCAAGAUACCAGCAGAACUUGAUGGGUCAAGGUUCAGCCUUCCACCAAGGAGUACCAAUGAGGACUCAAGACAAUGGGGAUCUAACCAAUCACAACCCACAACUCCUGAUAGGGUUUGGUUUCUUGGCAAAUUCCUGAGAAAGCGAGCACCUAAAUAUUCCCAGAACAAUGACUCUCCGUCCGAUAAAACCGUCACCUUGCCCAGCUACACUCCACAUCCCUACCACAUGCCAAAUAAGAACAGUGAGAGGGUCGAACGAAACCCGACCAUUCGAAUUAGCCGGGCCACACGGGUGACGGAGUGGAAUGUGUCUUUGGACCGUGAGAUCACCGACCCCAAAGAGCUGCGAAACCUGGACGAGUUCCUCGGCAAUCAGGUGAAUGAGCUGCGAACUAGAAUCAAAGAGCUGUCACCAACAGAGAGCAUCUUCCUCUCAGCCACCAUGCAGUUCAGAGAGACCAUCAAAGGCAUGUACUCUGUCCAGAAGCCCCAAAUCAGCUACAAAGAUCUGAUGAUGGGCUACCACAACAAAGUGAACACACUAGCAGGAUCCAAGCAGAAGGAAGAAGUCUCGCUGGUGGUCAAUUUGUUUCAGUCUAUGCUGGACGGCUUUGUUAGGGGCGAGAUAAAACGAGUGGAAACUGAACCAGCCAAGGCCUCCAAGGUGACGAAGAAGAGGCGGAAAAACGACACCUGUCUUAAUAGUCCUCUGGAUCACCUGUUCAGCACAUACCAGGUGAACAUUAUGCAGUCAUGUGACUUGUGUUGCUCCUACAUCUGGGGAAUGGAGAAGGCCUACAUGUGCAAUGCUUGCAAGUUUAUAUGCCACAAGAAAUGCCUGAACAAAAUCAUGACAGGUUGCUCGAAGAGGUGUGCCAAGCAGGACGACCAUGGAGCAGGCUCUGUUCACUUUGGGGUGCAGGUGUGUAUCCUUACCAGUAAAACCCACCCUGUGCCCAAAGUGGUAGAGAUGUUGCUGAUGCAUGUGGAGCUGAACGGCCUCUACACAGAGGGUAUUUACCGCAAGUCGGGCUCAGCCUGUCGAGCGAGGGAGCUCCACCAGCUUCUGGAGACUGAUCCUGAGGCAACAUGUUUAGAGAACUUCCCCAUCCACACCGUCACAGGUCUGGUUAAACGUUGGCUCAGAGAGCUGCCAGAACCCCUCAUGACUUUUUCCCUCUACAGCGACUUUCUACAUGCCACAGAGCUGCCAGAAAGCGCUGAGAGAAUUAGGGCUGUAUACACAAAGGUUGAUGAACUUCCUUCCGCUAAUUAUAACACGUUAGAGCGGCUCAUCUUUCACCUUGUCAGGGUUGCAAAGGAGGAAGAGCACAAUAAGAUGUCACCAAGCUCUCUCGCCAUUGUGUUUGCCCCCUGCAUCCUGCGUUCACCUGAUGUCAAUGACCCCUUCCUUGGUAUGAAUGAUGUGUCCAAGACUACACUGUGUGUGGAGAUCCUGAUCACUGAGCAGUUCAGACGCUACAAUGAGAAGAUGCAGAAUAUCCAGGAGCUGGAAUACGCAGAGGCCAUGGCUGUAAAUCAGCUCAGACUAAGGAGACAAAACACGGUUGUUGAAAAGCCUUCACAGCCGGUUCCAGAGCAAAUGCAUUUGGAUGAAACAGAGACAACCCUCAUAAAUAGGAUCAAGUCCAUCAAGCAAGAAAAGGUGGACUUGGCCUGCAGGUUACCUGAUUUGGAACAGGAGAACUCUGACAAUGACAACCUGGACUCGUUGUCAUCAAUGAGCAUGGAGAGCCUGGAGAGCCUUGACUUCGAAGGAAAGGUGACCAUGCAAAUGAAAACCCAGAUACCUGACUGUCCUCCCCAACCUCCGGACCUGGCGCAGAGAGUCAGAAGUCUAAUGGCUGAAACAGAUGAUAAACCAAGGGAAUUCGCAUCAGGACAAAAGACAGAUGUUACCCAAAGCAUGUGUUUCCUUCAAAGCCAAGACAACUCCCCAGCCAUCAAGCCCCAGGUCACCAGUAAGACUUUAAAUGGGAGCUUUGACAACAUGGAUAUCCCUUACAUCGAUGAUGAUGAAGAUGUAAGAUGAGCAUAACACCAAAAGUUGUAAUAAUUGGACUAUUCUCAAAUAUGUAUUGGCAUUUGUUAUGUUAAGACUUGUGUGAAAAGUAACUGUGUGCCUAGUUUUAUAGAAAUGUUCAUUUGUCAAUGCUGCUAUGGAAACAAAGUGCUUUGAGAAUUUAUAUGUAUGUAAUGGGAGAUCAUACGGAGAUCAUACGGAGAUCAUACGGAGAUACAGAUCUGGAGAAGACCUAACAGCAAGGACUAGUUGACUUAUUUAUACCAAUACACACUGUAUGAGAUUUUAAACAUAUUUCAGAAUUGUAGAGCACAUAUAUUUUUAAAAGGUAGGUAUUGUGGACCAGCUCUAUGAAGCCGUCAACAGCUGUGUUUAGAAAACAGGACAUGAGGAGGAUGUGGGGAAAAAAGAUGUCUUGCAAGUGUACAAAGUGAUUCUCUAUUGUACAGUGUGACGUUGUAUUGUUGUGCAUCUGAAACAUUUCAGUUGUCUGCUUUUCAUUUUCCUCUGGUAUAUACCGCUGUGACUAACCCCUAAUUCAGUAUAAAGGAAAAUAGUCAUAUAGCUGCCUUAUAGACUGACUGAAAAUACUUCCCUCUGUCACUUUUGUUGGUAUUGCAAGGCUGUGCAGUUUCACCAAGUAAACGUUUUGAAAGUGCAUUGUUUUGGUUUUGUUAAAAUAUGCAUGGUUGUAGAUUUAUAAGUGGUAGGAAUAAUGCGUAUUGGGUUGAGCAUCCUUCAAGUUUGACUUUUGUCACCAAUUGAAAUAAAUGGACUUUAACAAAUAA